AUGGCUCUCGGCGCGCUUGCGGGCUGGCGCUGGAGCUGGAGCGGAGGCGAGCGCUUGAAGGCGAAGCGCUUCGGCGAAGAGUCGGUGGACUUCAGCUUCCUGCGGGAGCCCGCCUUCCAGGAGCUUAAGGCCGCGCGAGCCGAGGCCGUGGGGGCCCCCACGAAGGUGCUGCUGCUGCGGAACGUCGCCGACGCCGGGGAGGUCGACGUCGACUUCGAGUGCAAGCUCCUCGAGGAGGCGCGGAGGUUCGGCAGGGUCCGGAGGUGCGUGGUGCGGGAGUGCUCAGCCGGCGCCGACGCGGGCGCCGUGCGCGCCUUCCUCGACUUCCGCCUGGCCUCCGACGCGGAUCGCGCCGCCGGCACCUAG